ACUUCCGUAAAUGAAAUUAUUUGGUGAAAAAUGAAGCGCACAAAUCUAACCUAAUCAGCAAAAUCAACCCAUAAACAACUGCCAAAUCGAUGCCAGGUGGCGGUGUAACCUCCGGCAACCGGACGAGCGUCCGAAUCGCCGUCAUCGGCGACCGCGGCACCGGCAAAUCCAGCCUCAUCGCCGCCUCCGCCGCCGAGUCCUUUCGCCCUGAAGUUCCUCCUGUCCUCCCUCCCACUCGCCUACCGUCCGAUUAUUAUCCCGAUAACGUCCCCAUCGUCAUUAUCGACACCUCCAGCAGUUUGGAGUAUAGAGGGAAGCUUGCUGAGGAAUUGAAGCGCGCCGAUGCUGUAGUCUUGACCUAUGCAUGCGAUCAGCCUCUCACGCUCAAUCGCCUCAGUACAUUCUGGCUCCACGAGCUUCGAAGAUUAGAGAUCAGAGCACCGGUAAUUGUGGCUGGUUGCAAGCUCGAUAGGCGAGAUGAAGAGUACAAUUUGAGUGUUGAAAUGAUGCCGCUUAUGCAGCAGUUUCGGGAGAUUGAGACUUGCAUAGAAUGUUCGGCAGCUAAUAUGCUCCAGAUCCAAGAAGUUUUUUACUUUGCUCAAAAGGCUGUCCUACACCCAACAGCUCCUCUGUUUGAUCAAGAAACCCAAGCUUUAAGACCACGAUGCAUGAGAGCGUUGAAAAGGAUAUUUAUUCUUUGUGACCUUGAUAUGGAUGGUGCUCUCAAUGAUGACGAGCUAAAUGAAUUUCAGGUGAAAUGCUUCAAUUCUCCUUUGCAACCUGCUGAAGUAGUGGGUGUUAAGAGUGUUGUUCGGGAAAAGUUGCCUGAAGGGGUGAAUGAACUUGGUCUUACCUUGACAGGAUUUCUUUUUCUUCAUGCUCUUUUUAUUGAGAAAGGGCGAAUUGAAACCACAUGGACUGUGCUGAGAAAGUUUGGGUAUAAUGAUGAGCUAAAACUUGGUGAUGAUUAUUUAUCCUUUUCCAAAAAAAGGGCUCCAGAUCAGAGUGUUGAAUUAACUAGUGAAGCAGUGGAGUUUUUAAAGGGAAUCUUCAGCACAUUUGAUGAUGAUAAAGAUGGAGUUCUUCGGGAAAAUGAGCUUGAAGAUCUAUUUUCAACUGCACCAGAAAGUCCUUGGGAUGAAGCUCCUUAUAAGGAUGCAGUUGAUAAAACUCCACUGCGGGGGUUGUCUCUUUCUGGAUUUCUAUCUCAGUGGGCUCUUAUGACAUUGCUGGAUCCUGCUCAAACUAUAGCCAACUUGAUAUAUGUUGGCCUCAACUGUGAUGCAGCAUCAGGCCUACACAUCACUAGGAGUAGAUUACUAGAUAAGAAGAAACAACAAACAGAGCGAAAUGUCUUCCAGUGCUUUGUUUUUGGACCUAAAAAAGCUGGAAAAUCUGCUUUGCUGACAUCAUUGCUUGGAAGGCCAUUUUCUGAAAAUUAUACUCCGACAACUAGUGAAAGAUAUGCUGUGAAUAUUGUUCAGCAACACGCUGGUAAUAAGAAGACAUUGAUCCUCCAGGAGAUACCAGAAGAUGGUGUUAAGAAACUUUUAUCUAAAAAAGAAUCUUUGGCUGCUUGUGAUGUAGCUGUUUUCGUAUAUGACAGCUCAAGCGAAUCUUCUCUUAAUGGAGCAGUAGAAUUGCUAUCUUAUGUCGCAAGGCAGGGGGAAGAGAGUGGUUUUGGGAUGCCUUGUCUCCUGAUUGCAGCAAAAAAUGAUUUAGACACAAGUUCAACGUCAAACAGGGAUUCAGCCAAGAUUUGUGUGGAUAUGGGGAUCGACGCACCUAUUCCUGUAAGUGUGAAAGAAAGAGACAUAAAUGAUGUCUUUUCCAGAAUUGUGAAUGCAGCUCAGCAGCCCCAUCUCAAUGUUCCCGAAACUGAUCAAGGGCGCAGCCAAAAGCGAUACAAGAAGCUUGUUAAUAAUGCUCUCAUGUGUCUUUCAGUUGGAGCUGCAGCUACCUUUGUCGGGUUGGUUGCAUACCGGACCUAUGCUGCAAGGAAGAACACGUCAAGUUAGAUUGGCAAUUCUUUGGAGUCUGAAUGUAAGGAAGAUGAGGGCUUCGAAUCGGAAAAAGAGGAAAACUGGAAUUGCGUUGGAACGGUAGGCACAUCGGCUCGAGCCCAACUUACAGCAUGGUCCUUGUUUAGCAGGCUUGUAGUCUCGAUCCUAAAUAUUUUUAAUACUCCGAUAUUUAAGUGUGUUUUCCUAAUAAUUUUGGUCUCUAUUUGGGGCAUCACUGAUAUGUUAAUGGUUUUCUACAAUGUGCGAAUCCUCUAGGAUAAGUGUUUAUUUUGGGAAAGCACAUGCUUUUACAUAGCUCUGUCACGUAAGCUUUUGCAAUAUCAAUUAUUGUACAAAGAUAUAAAAUUAUGUAUUUCCUUUCUGUCAAAUAAGCUUUUGGUGCUA